UAUAUAAGAAAAAGACCCAAAAAUCGGGACUGUCCCUAUAAAAUCGGGACAUCUGGUCACCCUAGGAGAGAGUGGCUGGAAGGAGGAGCAUAGAGAACCUGGGGGGCGGGGCUGGAGGGAGGACCAUACAGGGGCGAGCUGGGAUAGUAUUUUUGGUUUUCCUGGGUCAGGACUUUCUGCUGGAAACAGCGCUUGCUCCCAGCCACAGACAGCAAUGACCCUUCCUCUUGGCCCAGCUCUACUAGCAUUAUAUGCAACCCAGCAUUAUAUGCAACAGACUGGAAAUUGCAACAGUCUGAGGGACAAAUCCACCAAGGCUGUAGGAUGAAGCCACUGAGGCACUAGUGUCUCAAACACAGAAAACAAGUUACCACGAGAAGCAGAGUGAUGAUAUUAAGAUGUAACUCACUGUCAUUAUAUCCUAUGUGACAUCAUAAAAGCUAUGAUAUUGGAGAGAUGUCCCUGAACCUGGCGCUGUUGUCAGUAUGUGCUACAACCAUCCCCCCACCCUGCUUUCCUACCAGGGAAUUGUUACAGCUUGUACCAAUGACAGAUCCUGGUGCAUUUCUGUGAUCGUUUAAACAGCUGCUCUGAAUGGCCCCACAGGAGCCAGGUCAACAGUUUAAGAAGAUUAAAGAAGUCUUUGCAGAGUUUGAUGUGUCAGAUACUAUUAAUAGGGUGGGAGAUGAAGCACAACAGGAAGACUAUUGGAUUUACUGUAAACCCGGGCAGAGCCUGAGCAGCAGCAGGACUGGUGCAUUUUCUGACAGCAUUGUGAAGGGAACAGUAUGUAGAAGAAUGAUCUUACUGACAAACUCCUGGAGACUUCAUGAGGGGACGCAACAGGGUGGAGGUUCCCUGAAGAGGCUGUGCAAUCUUUCCUCACACUGAACUCCCAGACAUAGGGAUGGAAUCCUGCCUUCAUUGCAAAAGAGCCUCAAAUUGAUCAGUUGUAAUUUACUUAUUAACUAAUCUUUUAUCAGCCUUAUCUCCUAGGUUUUGCUAGCCAUGGUUUCCCUUUUUACUGGGAAGAUCCUGAUUACAAACAACAAGGACUGUGAUGAAGUGGACACUGAGCGUGAACUUAGCCAGAGACUGGAUAACAAAGUGAUGCUGCUGUAUUUUGGAUCUGGUGAAUGCACUCGAUGCCAGGAGUUUUCACCUGUCCUCAAAGAUUUCUUUGUGAGACUCACUGAUGAAUUUUAUGUGGAAAGGGCUUCCCAGCUGGUCCUGGUGUACGUGUCUCAGGAUGAGACAGAGGAGAAGCAAGAAAAGUUCCUGAAGACCAUGCCAAAAAGGUGGCUGUUCUUACCCUUCCAGGAUGAGUUCAAAAGGGAGCUGGCGUUGAGGUUUGCUGUGUCCAACACACCUGUAGUGGUGGUGCUGAAGCCAAGUGGGGAGGUGAUUGCUGGAAAUGCUGUGGAGGAGAUCAGGUGCUUGGGCACUGCCUGUUUCAGGAACUGGCAGGAGGCCGCUGAGCUGGUUGACAGGAGCUUUCUCUUGGCAGAGGACUUUGAUGACUUGGCCAAGAGGAGCAUCACCGAUCCGAUCCGCCGCCUCAAGUACAAGCUGGACAAGAAGACCAGGAAAAAGAAGGAGACCGAGGAAGUGCUCUGUCCUGCUAUGGACUGAUGAAGUUCCAGCGGUACAUACAUAUGCUAGGCUUGUGGUUAUCCUGAAGCAGGACUCAACUGUUUCCAGACCCAAGAGGGUAGCUUUACUGCAGCACAAGUUAGUAUAGACAUUUGUAUCUUCACAAAGUCUCAGGAUCUCAGUGGCAACUGGAGGAUUCUGAACAGGGAACAACAUGUGGCUGGGGAAAUGAGACAACCAUGCCAGGAUUAAAGAUGCAGCCUGAGGAGAGGCAUUUCCUUUUCCUCACUGACAUCUAUUCAUAUAAUAGGUCUGUUUAUAUUAUAAUGGGGACAUUAUUGGACAGAAAUGCCCCAGAGAACAUUUCCUCCUGUUCUCACACUCACUUUUUUCCCUUUAUUGCAUAGAGAGUUUCUGUUAGCACAGGGGUGGGUAAACUACGGUCCGCGGGCUGGUUCUGGCCCCUCAGGGCUUUGGAUCCGGCCCGCGAGAUUGCCCCCUGUGGCGCCGCAGGCCUCGCACCGCUCUGCAGAAGUGGCUGGCACCACUUUCCUGUGGCCCCCGGGCGGGGGACUCCGUGCAUUGCCCUUGCCUCCAGGCACCGCCCCCCGCAGUUCCCAUUGGCCGGGAACGGGGAACUGCGGCCAAUGGGAGCUUCAAGAGAGGUACCUGGAGGCACAGCAAGGGCAGCGCAUGUGGACCCCUCUGCCUGGGGCCGCUGCGCUUCCUGGAGCGACGCGGGGCCGGGGACAGGGCAGGCAGGCAGGGAGCCUGCCUUGGCCCUGGUGCACACUGCUGCCACCCCGGAACGGCUUUAGGUAAGUGGCGCUGGGCCGGAGCCCGAUCCCCUCCUGCAUCCCGCCCCCCAACUCCCUGCCUAAGCUCCCUGCCUGCACCCUGCACCCCUCC